AUGGAGGUGGACAAGGAGGUGGUGGUGGCAACGGAGGUGGAAGUGGCGGCGGAGCUGGUGGCGGCGCUGGUGGCGGCAACGGAGGAGGAAGUGGCGGUGGAGCUGGUGGCGGUAGCGGAGGUGGAAGUGGUGGCGGAGCUGGUGGCGGCGCUGGUGGCGGCAACGGAGGAGGAAGUAGCGGUGGAGCUGGUGGCGGUAGCGGAGGUGGAAGUGGCGGCGGAGCUGGUGGCGGCGCUGGUGGCGGCAACGGAGGAGGAAGUGGCGGCGGAGCUGGUGGCGGCAACGGAGGAGGAAGUGGCGGCGGAGCUGGUGGCGGCAACGGAGGUGGAAGUGGCGGCGGAGCUGGUGGCGGCGCUGGUGGCGGUAGCGGAGGUGGAUGUGGCGGCGGAGCUGGUGGCGGCAACGGAGGUGGAAGUGGCGGCGGAGCUGGUGGCGGCAACGGAGGAGGAAGUGGCGGCGGAGCUGGUGGCGGCAACGGAGGAGGAAGUGGCGGCGGAGCUGGUGGUGGCAACGGAGGUGGAAGUGGCGGCGGUGCUGGUGGCGGCAACGGAGGAGGAAGUGGCGGCGGAGCUGGUGGCGGCAACGGAGGAGGAAGUGGCGGCGGAGCUGGUGGCGGCAACGGAGGAGGAAGUGGCGGCGGCGCUGGUGGUGGCAACGGAGGUGGAAGUGGUGGCGGCGCUGGUGGCGGUGCUGGUGGCGGCAACGGAGGAGGAAGUGGCGGCGGAGCUGGUGGCGGCAACGGAGGAGGAAGUGGCGGCGGUGCUGGUGGUGGCAACGGAGGAGGAAGUGGCGGCGGAGCUGGUGGCGGCAAUGGAGGAGGAAGUGGCGGCGGAGCUGGUGGCGGCAACGGAGGUGGAAGUGGCGGUGGAGCUGGUGGCGGCGCUGGUGGCGGUAGCGGAGGUGGAUGUGGCGGCGGAGCUGGUAGCGGAAAUGGAGGUGGAAGUGGUGGCGGCGCUGGUGGUGGUGCUGGUGGUGGCAACGGAGGAGGAAGUGGCGGCGGAGCUGGUGGCGGCAACGGAGGAGGAAGUGGCGGCGGAGCUGGUGGCGGCAACGGAGGGGGAAGUGGCGGCGGAGCUGGUGGCGGCAACGGAGGAGGAAGUGGCGGCGGAGCUGGUGGUGGAAACGGAGGAGGAAGUGGUGGCGGAGCUGGUGGCGGCAACGGAGGAGGAAGUGGCGGCGGCGCUGGUGGUGGCAACGGAGGUGGAAGUGGUGGCGGCGCUGGUGGCGGUGCUGGUGGCGGCAACGGAGGUGGAAGUGGCGGCGGAGCUGGUGGCGGCAACGGAGGAGGAAGUGGCGGCGGAGCUGGUGGCGGCAACGGAGGAGGAAGUGGCGACGGAGGUGGUGGCGGCAACGGAGGAGGAAGUGGCGGCGGCGCUGGUGGCGGAAACGGAGGAGGAAGUGGCGGCGGAGCUGGUGGCGGCAACGGAGGAGGAAGUGGCGGCGGAGCUGGUGGCGGCAACGGAGGAGGAAGUGGCGGCGGAGCUGGUGGCGGCAACGGAGGAGGAAGUGGCGGCGGAGCUGGUGGCGGCAACGGAGGAGGAAGUGGCGGCGGCGCUGGUGGUGGCAACGGAGGUGGAAGUGGUGGCGGCGCUGGUGGCGGUGCUGGUGGCGGCAACGGAGGAGGAAGUGGCGGCGGAGCUGGUGGCGGUAACGGAGGAGGAAGUGGCGGCGGAGCUGGUGGCGGCAACGGAGGAGGAAGUGGCGGCGGAGCUGGUGGCGGCAACGGAGGAGGAAGUGGCGGCGGAGCUGGUGGCGGCAACGGAGGUGGAAGUGGCGGCGGAGCUGGUGGCGGCAACGGAGGAGGAAGUGGCGGCGGAGCUGGUGGCGGCAACGGAGGAGGAAGUGGCGGCGGAGCUGGUGGCGGCAACGGAGGAGGAAGUGGCGGCGGAGCUGGUGGCGGUAACGGAGGAGGAAGUGGCGGUGGAGCUGGUGGCGGCUACGGAGGUGGAAGUGGCGGCGGUGCUGGUGGUGGCAACGGAGGUGGAAGUGGCGGCGGAGCUGGUGGCGGCGCUGGUGGCGGUAGCGGAGGUGGAUGUGGCGGCGGAGCUGGUGGCGGAAAUGGAGGUGGAAGUGGUGGCGGCGCUGGUGGUGGUGCUGGUGGUGGCAACGGAGGAGGAAGUGGCGGCGGAGCUGGUGGCGGCAACGGAGGAGGAAGUGGCGGCGGAGCUGGUGGCGGCAACGGAGGUGGAAGUGGCGGCGGAGCUGGUGGCGGCAACGGAGGAGGAAGUGGCGGCGGAGCUGGUGGCGGCAACGGAGGUGGAAGUGGCGGCGGAGCUGGUGGCGGCAACGGAGGAGGAAGUGGCGGCGGAGCUGGUGGCGGCAACGGAGGUGGAAGUGGCGGCGGAGCUGGUGGCGGCAACGGAGGAGGAAGUGGCGGCGGAGCUGGUGGCGGCAACGGAGGAGGAAGUGGCGGCGGCGCUGGUGGCGGAAACGGAGGAGGAAGUGGCGGCGGAGCUGGUGGCGGCAACGGAGGAGGAAGUGGCGGCGGCGCUGGUGGCGGAAACGGAGGAGGAAGUGGCGGCGGAGCUGGUGGCGGCAACGGAGGAGGAAGUGGCGGCGGAGCUGGUGGCGGCAACGGAGGUGGAAGUGGCGGCGGAGCUGGUGGCGGCAACGGAGGAGGAAGUGGCGGCGGCGCUGGUGGCGGAAACGGAGGAGGAAGUGGCGGCGGAGCUGGUGGCGGCAACGGAGGAGGAAGUGGCGGCGGAGCUGGUGGCGGCAACGGAGGUGGAAGUGGCGGCGGAGCUGGUGGCGGCAACGGAGGUGGAAGUGGCGGUGGUGCUGGUGGCGGCUACGGAGGUGGAAGUGGCGGCGGUGCUGGUGGUGGCAACGGAGGAGGAAGUGGCGGCGGAGCUGGUGGCGGCAACGGAGGAGGAAGUGGCGGCGGAGCUGGUGGCGGCAACGGAGGUGGAAGUGGCGGCGGAGCUGGUGGCGGCGCUGGUGGCGGUAGCGGAGGUGGAUGUGGUGGCGGAGCUGGUGGUGGUGCUGGUGGUGGCAACGGAGGAGGAAGUGGCGGCGGAGCUGGUGGCGGCAACGGAGGAGGAAGUGGCGGCGGAGCUGGUGGCGGCAACGGAGGAGGAAGUGGCGGCGGAGCUGGUGGCGGCAACGGAGGAGGAAGUGGCGGCGGAGCUGGUGGCGGCAACGGAGGUGGAAGUGGCGGCGGAGCUGGUGGCGGCAACGGAGGUGGAAGUGGCGGUGGUGCUGGUGGCGCCAACGGAGGAGGAAGUGGCGGCGGAGCUGGUGGCGGCAACGGAGGUGGAAGUGGCGGCGGAGCUGGUGGCGGCAACGGAGGAGGAAGUGGCGGCGGAGCUGGUGGCGGCAACGGAGGAGGAAGUGGCGGCGGAGCUGGUGGCGGCAACGGAGGUGGAAGUGGCGGCGGUGCUGGUGGCGGCAACGGAGGAGGAAGUGGCGGCGGAGCUGGUGGCGGCAACGGAGGAGGAAGUGGCGGCGGAGCUGGUGGCGGCAACGGAGGUGGAAGUGGCGGCGGAGCUGGUGGCGGCAACGGAGGUGGAAGUGGCGGUGGUGCUGGUGGCGCCAACGGAGGAGGAAGUGGCGGCGGAGCUGGUGGCGGCAACGGAGGUGGAAGUGGCGGCGGAGCUGGUGGCGGCAACGGAGGAGGAAGUGGCGGCGGAGCUGGUGGCGGCAACGGAGGAGGAAGUGGCGGCGGAGCUGGUGGCGGCAACGGAGGUGGAAGUGGCGGCGGUGCUGGUGGCGGCAACGGAGGAGGAAGUGGCGGCGGAGCUGGUGGCGGUAACGGAGGAGGAAGUGGCGGUGGAGCUGGUGGCGGCAACGGAGGAGGAAGUGGCGGCGGUGCUGGUGGUGGCAACGGAGGAGGAAGUGGCGGCGGAGCUGGUGGUGGCAACGGAGGAGGAAGUGGCGGCGGAGCUGGUGGCGGCAACGGAGGUGGAAGUGGCGGCGGUGCUGGUGGUGGCAACGGAGGAGGAAGUGGCGGCGGAGCUGGUGGCGGCAACGGAGGUGGAAGUGGCGGUGGAGCUGGUGGCGGCGCUGGUGGCGGUAGCGGAGGUGGAUGUGGCGGCGGAGCUGGUGGCGGCGCUGGUGGUGGUAGCGGAGGUGGAUGUGGCGGCGGAGCUGGUGGCGGAAAUGGAGAUGGAAGUGGUGGCGGCGCUGGUGGUGGUGCUGGUGGCGGCAAUGGAGGAGGAAGUGGCGGCGGAGCUGGUGGCGGCAACGGAGGAGGAAGUGGCGGCGGAGCUGGUGGCGGCAACGGAGGUGGAAGUGGCGGCGGUGCUGGUGGCGGCAACGGAGGAGGAAGUGGCGGCGGAGCUGGUGGCGGCAACGGAGGUGGAAGUGGCGGCGGAGCUGGUGGCGGCAACGGAGGAGGAAGUGGCGGCGGAGCUGGUGGCGGCAACGGAGGUGGAAGUGGCGGCGGAGCUGGUGGCGGCAACGGAGGAGGAAGUGGCGGCGGAGCUGGUGGCGGCAACGGAGGAGGAAGUGGCGGCGGCGCUGGUGGCGGAAACGGAGGAGGAAGUGGCGGCGGAGCUGGUGGCGGCAACGGAGGAGGAAGUGGCGGCGGCGCUGGUGGCGGAAACGGAGGAGGAAGUGGCGGCGGAGCUGGUGGCGGCAACGGAGGAGGAAGUGGCGGCGGAGCUGGUGGCGGCAACGGAGGUGGAAGUGGCGGCGGAGCUGGUGGCGGCAACGGAGGUGGAAGUGGCGGUGGUGCUGGUGGCGGCUACGGAGGUGGAAGUGGCGGCGGUGCUGGUGGUGGCAACGGAGGAGGAAGUGGCGGCGGAGCUGGUUGCGGCAACGGAGGAGGAAGUGGCGGCGGAGCUGGUGGCGGCAACGGAGGUGGAAGUGGCGGCGGAGCUGGUGGCGGCGCUGGUGGCGGUAGCGGAGGUGGAUGUGGUGGCGGAGCUGGUGGCGGAAAUGGAGGUGGAAGUGGUGGCGGCGCUGGUGGUGGUGCUGGUGGUGGCAACGGAGGAGGAAGUGGCGGCGGAGCUGGUGGCGGCAACGGAGGAGGAAGUGGCGGCGGAGCUGGUGGCGGCAACGGAGGUGGAAGUGGCGGCGGAGCUGGUGGCGGCAACGGAGGAGGAAGUGGCGGCGGAGCUGGUGGCGGCAACGGAGGUGGAAGUGGCGGCGGAGCUGGUGGCGGCAACGGAGGAGGAAGUGGCGGCGGAGCUGGUGGCGGCAACGGAGGAGGAAGUGGCGGUGGAGCUGGUGGCGGCAACGGAGGAGGAAGUGGCGGCGGAGCUGGUGGUGGCAACGGAGGAGGAAGUGGCGGCGGAGCUGGUGGCGGCAACGGAGGUGGAAGUGGCGGCGGUGCUGGUGGUGGCAACGGAGGAGGAAGUGGCGGCGGAGCUGGUGGCGGCAAUGGAGGAGGAAGUGGCGGCGGAGCUGGUGGCGGCAACGGAGGUGGAAGUGGCGGUGGAGCUGGUGGCGGCGCUGGUGGCGGUAGCGGAGGUGGAUGUGGCGGCGGAGCUGGUGGCGGCGCUGGUGGUGGUAGCGGAGGUGGAUGUGGCGGCGGAGCUGGUGGCGGAAAUGGAGAUGGAAGUGGUGGCGGCGCUGUUGGUGGUGCUGGUGGCGGCAAUGGAGGAGGAAGUGGCGGCGGAGCUGGUGGCGGCAACGGAGGAGGAAGUGGCGGCGGAGCUGGUGGCGGCAACGGAGGUGGAAGUGGCGGCGGUGCUGGUGGCGGCAACGGAGGAGGAAGUGGCGGCGGAGCUGGUGGCGGUAACGGAGGAGGAAGUGGCGGUGGAGCUGGUGGCGGCAACGGAGGAGGAAGUGGCGGCGGUGCUGGUGGUGGCAACGGAGGAGGAAGUGGCGGCGGAGCUGGUGGUGGCAACGGAGGAGGAAGUGGCGGCGGAGCUGGUGGCGGCAACGGAGGUGGAAGUGGCGGCGGUGCUGGUGGUGGCAACGGAGGAGGAAGUGGCGGCGGAGCUGGUGGCGGCAAUGGAGGAGGAAGUGGCGGCGGAGCUGGUGGCGGCAACGGAGGUGGAAGUGGCGGUGGAGCUGGUGGCGGCGCUGGUGGCGGUAGCGGAGGUGGAUGUGGCGGCGGAGCUGGUGGCGGAAAUGGAGGUGGAAGUGGUGGCGGCGCUGGUGGUGGUGCUGGUGGUGGCAACGGAGGAGGAAGUGGCGGCGGAGCUGGUGGCGGCAACGGAGGAGGAAGUGGCGGCGGAGCUGGUGGCGGCAACGGAGGGGGAAGUGGCGGCGGAGCUGGUGGCGGCAACGGAGGAGGAAGUGGCGGCGGAUUUGGUGGUGGAAACGGAGGAGGAAGUGGUGGCGGAGCUGGUGGCGGCAACGGAGGAGGAAGUGGCGGCGGCGCUGGUGGUGGCAACGGAGGUGGAAGUGGUGGCGGCGCUGGUGGCGGUGCUGGUGGCGGCAACGGAGGUGGAAGUGGCGGCGGAGCUGGUGGCGGCAACGGAGGAGGAAGUGGCGGCGGAGCUGGUGGCGGCAACGGAGGAGGAAGUGGCGGCGGAGCUGGUGGCGGCAACGGAGGAGGAAGUGACGGCGGAGCUGGUGGCGGCAACGGAGGAGGAAGUGGCGGCGGAGCUGGUGGCGGCAACGGAGGAGGAAGUGGCGGCGGCGCUGGUGGCGGAAACGGAGGAGGAAGUGGCGGCGGAGCUGGUGGCGGCAACGGAGGAGGAAGUGGCGGCGGCGCUGGUGGCGGAAACGGAGGAGGAAGUGGCGGCGGAGCUGGUGGCGGCAACGGAGGAGGAAGUGGCGGCGGAGCUGGUGGCGGCAACGGAGGUGGAAGUGGCGGCGGAGCUGGUGGCGGCAACGGAGGUGGAAGUGGCGGUGGUGCUGGUGGCGGCAACGGAGGAGGAAGUGGCGGCGGAGCUGGUGGCGGCAACGGAGGUGGAAGUGGCGGCGGAGCUGGUGGCGGCAACGGAGGAGGAAGUGGCGGCGGAGCUGGUGGCGGCAACGGAGGAGGAAGUGGCGGUGGAGUUGGUGGCGGCAACGGAGGUGGAAGUGGCGGCGGAGCUGGUGGCGGCAACGGAGGAGGAAGUGGCGGCGGCGCUGGUGGCGGCAACGGAGGAGGAAGUGGCGGCGGAGCUGGUGGCGGCAACGGAGGAGGAAGUGGCGGCCGAGCUGGUGGCGGCAACGGAGGUGGAAGUGGCGGCGGUGCUGGUGGCGGCAACGGAGGAGGAAGUGGCGGCGGAGCUGGUGGCGGUAACGGAGGAGGAAGUGGCGGCGGAGCUGGUGGCGGCAACGGAGCUGGAAGUGGCGGCGGUGCUGGUGGUGGCAACGGAGGAGGAAGUGGCGGCGGAGCUGGUGGUGGCAACGGAGGAGGAAGUGGCGGCGGAGCUGGUGGCGGCAACGGAGGUGGAAGUGGCGGCGGAGCUGGUGGCGGCGCUGGUGGCGGUAGCGGAGGUGGAUGUGGCGGCGGAGCUGGUGGCGGAAAUGGAGGUGGAAGUGGUGGCGGCGCUGGUGGCGGUGCUGGUGGCGGCAGCGGAGGAGGAAGUGGCGGCGGCGCUGGUGGCGGCAGCGGAGGAGGAACUGGCGGCGGCGCUGGUGGCGGCAACGGAGUUGGAUGUAGUGAUAGUUCCGGACGUGUCAUUCCUAUCAGCUUUGGUGUCGGUGGUGGUUUCGCCUUUGCUAAUAAGUAGCGCUUGCUCCUGUACUCUCCAGUCAUUCUGUACAAUGGCGAGUGAUGACCCGCCGCUGGGUUAUGUAGAGGCAAGAUUAGAAAUAUUAGAGAAAAACUGGGAGGAUUUCAAAACUAGACAUGUUGAACUGCUGAAAGAAGUUCCUAAGGAAACCAAAUCACAGUCGUCAUAUUUUUAG